GGCAGCAAGGUGCCAGGCCCAACCUUUGCUGAUGGUGAGAUCCUCCCCAGGGAGCCCGGCUUCUUUCCUGAGGAUGAAGAGGAGGCUAUGACGCUGGCUCUACCUGAGGGCCCCCCGGAGUCAGACAUGGGCAGCCCCAUGGAAAGCACCCAGAGCCUGGAGGGAUCAGUCAGGAGUCCCACCGAGGAGAAAGACGGGGGCCUGGAGAGCCUGUUCUUGCCAGAGGACAAGCCCCUGGCCCAUACUCCAUCCACGACGACAUCAGACCUCUCCACACACUCCACCACCUCGCUCGUCAGCAACGAGGAGCAGUUUGAAGACUAUGGGGAGGGGGACGAUGUGGACUGCGCCCCCAGCAGCCCCUGCCCUGACGACGAGACCAGGACCAAUGUCUACUCGGACCUGGGAUCUUCAGUAUCUUCCAGUGCAGGGCAGACACCUAGGAAAAUGCGGCAUGCAUAUAACAGUGAAUUGCUGGAUGUUUACUGCUCUCAGUGCUGUAAGAAAAUCAACUUGCUGAAUGACUUGGAAGCCCGACUGAAAAACCUGAAGGCCAACAGUCCCAACCGAAAGAUCUCUAGCACGGCCUUUGGAAGGCAGCUCAUGCACAGCAGCAACUUCAGCAGCAGUAAUGGCAGCACUGAGGAUCUGUUCCGGGACAGCAUUGACUCUUGUGACAAUGACAUCACAGAGAAGGUUAGCUUUCUGGAAAAAAAAGUGACAGAACUGGAGAAUGACAGCCUGACAAAUGGGGACCUGAAGAGCAAGCUGAAGCAGGAGAACACCCAGCUGGUGCACAGGGUGCACGAGCUGGAGGAGAUGGUGAAGGAUCAGGAGACCAUGGCCCAGCAGGCCCUGGAGGAGGAGGCUCGGCGGCACCACGAGGCCUACAGCAAGCUGGAGAGGGAGAGGAGCACCGAGAUCGAGCUGCUCCACACCAGGGUGCAGCAAUUAGAAGAGGAAAAUACUGAGCUUAGAACAACAGUGACUCGGCUCAAGUCACAAACAGAGAAACUGGAUGAGGAGCGGCAGCGCAUGUCCGACCGGCUGGAGGACACCAGCCUGCGGCUCAAGGAUGAGAUGGACCUGUACAAACGCAUGAUGGACAAGCUGCGGCAGAACCGCCUUGACUUCCAAAAGGAGCGGGAGGCGACGCAGGAGCUCAUCGAGGACUUGCGGAAGGAGCUGGAGCACCUGCAGAUGUACAAGCUGGACUGUGAGCGGCCAGGCAGGGGCCGCGGUUCAUCCUCCAGCUUGGGCGAGUUCAAUGCCAGGGCCCGCGAGGUGGAGCUGGAGCAUGAGGUCAAGCGGCUCAAACAGGAGAAUCAUAAGCUGCGGGAUCAGAAUGAUGACCUGAAUGGACAGAUCUUGAGCCUUAGCCUCUAUGAAGCAAAGAACCUCUUUGCCACUCAGACCAAAGCCCAGUCUCUGGCUGCGGAAAUAGACACAGCCUCGCGCGAUGAGCUCAUGGAAGCCCUCAAGGAGCAGGAGGAAAUCAACUUCCGGCUGCGGCAGUACAUGGACAAGAUCAUCCUCGCCAUCCUGGACCAUAACCCCUCUAUCCUUGAGAUCAAACACUGAGACAAGGGGCUGGCUGCAGAGCAGCCUCGGGACCCUGGGACCCUGGGACCCUGGGACCAAGGGGCAGACCCUGCCUAAGGACAUGACCCCAGCCGGGCCCCACGCAUACACUGUAAAUGUGUCUCUGGCCACCAUGUAACGUGUACUGGUGUGGGUGUGGGGAGGCUAUGCACACAGCAAGGGGUGAACGUGCGGCCGUGGCUGACAGUGACAUCUGCACGGUUAGCUGUCCAUGUACUUUGUGGUCCCUUUGCAAGGGACAGAGAGUCCUGGAGGUGGGAGGAGGUGAGGUCUGUUUUUAGGAGUUACUGUAAUAUCAAGAACUGGAAGCUUGCAUUUCAGAUACUGGAUAAAAUGAUUCUACCUCUGGGGAUGAGGAUUAAGAAAUACUCUAGGGAAACAGGCUCUUUCACCCCACCCUAUUCCCCCUGGGGGUGGGAGCAAAAGUAUGACCUUUUCCAGGAGUUCGAAUGCCCAACAGAUAUGUCCUUGCCAACCUCUUUGGCCGCCUUUCAAGCCCAGGUGCUCAAGCUCAGAGAGGAGGAAGGAGCGUUUGAGGGGACGUGAGGAGGGGCCCUCAGCAUCCUCCUCUGUGCUGUCAGCCCCUGCGAUGCUUGUGCACAGUGUGUCCAAAGGAUUCGGGCUUGCCAAGGAGCUCGCAUGGGGCAACUUUCCUUCCGAGAGUCCCCCUUACACUUCCCCAUCCCUGCUUACCUACCUCUCCCUUUCUGUUUUUGGUUUGUUUUUAAGACAGUGAAAAAUAAGCAGCAUUCACUUGGGUGUAAAGCGAAGGAGAAGGGGGUUGGGGGACCUAGGGCAGGGGCGCUGUCUAAGGCACCUGUUGGCAUCGGGCAACCAAAGACAUGGUUUUCAGGGAGGAGCACGCUCACAUCCUCACCGGUUUCCUUCCCUUGACUGCAUUUUAAAAAGAGAAGUGAGGAUGGGUCAUCUCUCAGCUUCUGCGGGCUGGGAGUGGUGGGCCUUGCUCACCACUCCCUUUCUCCGCACAGCCGGGUGGCAGCAGGCCUGGGGUUUGGAUGUUCAGAACCUGAGCUCUGAGUUCGGCUCGGCCGGGUAGCGAGGCCCCUGCGUUACACCUUUCAGAAACAUCCCCGCGUUCGGUUCUCAGCCAGGAGGAACAGAUGCUGUGCCGGUGGGACACGCAGUCAGGGAAACUCAGUCCUCCAUCCUUGUGACACCUGUGGGAAUUCAUGCUCUGGAUUUUUAAUGAGAUAUUUCGUUCCAGGUGGCUGGGAGUAGAUACAGUACUUUCCUUUGAGUUUUCCGGUGUUUCUCAAUUUUAUAUGGCUUAUGAUUCGUUUCCUCAAUCCAAAUUUACAUAAACAUGGAUAGUCUUA